GAAGGCGAGGAAGAGGAGCCGCUAACCACAGUGGUCGCCAUGACCGUCGUGUACGCGGUCAUCCUCGUCACCGGCGUCACGGGGAACGUCUGCACGUGCAUCGUGAUCGCGCGAAACCGGUACAUGCACACGGCGACCAACUUCUACCUGUUCAGCCUGUCCGUGUCGGACCUGCUGCUCUUGCUGCUGGGCUUGCCGCAGGAGAUGUACCAACUGUGGCGCAAGUACCCGUACGCCUUCGGCGAGGCCUUCUGCGUGCUCCGAGGCCUGACGUCGGAGAUGUCGACCAACGCUUCAAUUCUGACGAUCACGGCGUUCACGGUGGAGCGUUACGUGGCCAUCUGCCAUCCGCUCAGGGCCCACACCAUGUCCCAGCUUCCGCGGGCCAUCCGCUCCAUAGUGGGGAUAUGGAUCGUAGCCGGCGCGUUCGCCGUGCCGCUAGCGCUACAGUUCGGCAUAGUGUACCAGCCUACCGCGGACGGGUCGGGCUUCUUGCCGGAGACCGCGGCGUGCAUGCUCAAGCGGCCCGUGGAGCACGCAUUCACCGUGUCUACGGUGCUUUUCUUUGUGCUGCCCAUCAGUGUGAUUUCGGUGCUGUACAUCCUGAUUGGUCUCCAGCUUCGCCGCUCAAACGCGGCUACGCGACGCGACUGCUCUCCGGAUAUGAACGGCAAGAGCCACCAUCCGAGGAGUAACGCCAUGGUCCCCAUGCGCACACCGAGGCAGUCCGGUGGAGGGUCCAAGCGUGCCGUAGUCAAGAUGCUAGUAAACAUUUCCGUUUCAUUCUUGUAUUUGUUUCACCAUUGA